AAAACUGUUCCCAAUGGCCGCCCCCGCGCAUCUGCCGCCGAUGAGAAGACUGAUUUAGCCAAAGCCCCGGUGAACCAUGCAGUCGAUGUGGUGGAGGGCCCCUCAUGCGAGGUCACGCAGAAGAAGCAGAGUUUGUCCGACUGGUUCACUAUUGUAAGUUACCAUCAGAUCGCAUUUCCUGAAAGCAGCAAAAAAAAAAAAAAAAAAAAAAAAAAAAGAAACUUGACCAUCUCUAACGCAUGGACUGUUUGCAGGACUAUGGCCAAUGUCCUGCUCAAGAAAGAAUAUCCGAGUGAAUACACAACGAGUGUCAGCACACGAGUCUCCAAUGCCCUGCUUGUCGGCGAGAUCAUUGGCCAGGUGGUCGUUGGUUUGACUUGCGACUAUCUUGGCCGUAAGACGGCCAUCAUCUUCACCACACUGAUGAUCGUCAUCGGUGGGAUUUUGGCCACUGCUUCACAUGGCGCGACAAUUGGUGGCAUGUUCUGGAUGAUGACUGUUGCCCGUGGUAUUGUCGGGUUCGGUGCCGGUGGCGAGUAUCCCGCGUCCUCUACAUCUGCCUCGGAAUCCGCCAACGACCUGACACCCAAGCAUCGUGGCCCUGCGUUUAUUAUGGUGACCAACUUUCCCCUAUCGUUCGGAGGUCCUUUCGCAGUGUCCAUCUUUCUCAUUGUCUUGACGGCCUGCCACCAGUCGCACUAUAGUACGGUGUGGCGAGUGUGUUUUGGCAUUGGAUGCGUCUGGCCACUCUCCGUGUUCUACUUUCGGAUUCGCAUGCUCAAUUCCGCUCUGUACCGUCGAGGUGCGAUCAAGCGACAUGUCCCUUAUCAACUCGUACUUCGCUAUUACUGGAAGAGCCUAAUUGGGACCUGCGGUGCUUGGUUUCUCUAUGACUUUGUCACAUUCCCAAACGGUGUCUUCUCUGGGACCAUCAUCUCCAAUGUCGUCGGCAAUGGCACCAUUCGUCAGACAGCCGAAUGGCAGCUGCUUCUCGGAGCCCUUGCCCUGCCAGGAGUCUUCCUCGGAGCGAUACUUUGUGACCGUGUUGGCCGGAAGAAUAUCAUGAUGAUCGGCUUCAGUGGAUAUCUGAUCUUUGGCCUCAUCAUCGGCUGCGCAUUUGAUCGAAUCACCAAGAUCAUCCCUCUCUUUGUGGUCUUCUACGGUCUCAUGCAAAGCUCCGGCAACUUCGGCCCCGGCAAUAUGUUGGGACUAUUAUCGUCCGAGUCCUAUGCCACUGGUGUGCGCGGCACUUGUUACGGUCUCUCCGCGGCAAUUGGGAAGACGGGUGCGGCGCUCGGGACGCAAGCAUUCCAGCCUAUCUCGAACAACCUUGGCAAGAAAUGGACGUUUAUUGUGGCUGCGAUCUGCGGAGUUGUCGGUGUUUUGGUGACGUGGUUCUUUGUCCCUGACCUGUCCGGGGAGGACUUGCGGCUGCGUGAUGAGAAGUUCCGUGCAUACCUGGUGGCACAUGGAUGGGAGGGAUCCAUGGGAGAAGAUGAACUCGUCGGUGAUGCCAGUGAGGGCAUCCCCGAGGCUGUCAUGACUGGUGCCUCUGCUGGAAAGGCGUCUUGA